ACUCCAUCUUCGGCUAUCAUUUGUCAGGCUUCUCCUUCUUCAAGGACAAUACUCUUUCCUCCUCUUCCUUCCUCUCUCCAUCUCCUUCCUCCUUUUCCUCGUCUGGUAACUCAGGAUCAUUCGUUGAUUCUAACCACCAGAUAUUCCUGCCUUCGCCACCCGCCCGUUUCUUCUUGAAAACACCAUCUGAAUGCUAUUUCCUCCAGUUCCCCAGCCCUAUUAAUUUACCCCUAUUCUCCUUACUCUGGCACUCCCCCUCCGCCAUAUAAAGUAUCAUCAUCAACACAAUGGUUUCAAAGAUGCAGAUCCAUCGACAAGUCUAUCUUGUCGUCAUCUGGCUUGCUUGUAUUACGAUUCUCAAUCAGUUCGUGCUCGCAGGUGCGCCUGAAAUUCAGCCCGGCGUGCCUAUGAAAUCUGCUCCUGUGCACCUGGUGCGCCGUUCGGACGCUGGUCGUCAACGAACAACGAUGAAGUUCAAGCCCAUGAACAGUAUCCAGCUCCGGUUCAUCGAGGCAGAUAAGAGCGAAUACUAUGAUGCGUGCCAUCACGUUGACAUGAAUGUUGAACUCAAGUCUGACGAUGGCAGUCGUACAAUCGAAGCCUUGAACCCAUUUGCAUUCCAGCAUGCUGUCAAAUCAAUCUCAUGUGCCAAUGCAUCUUCUCAGUUGGACAUUGAAUUGGAUCCUGUAUAUGCAAAACAAGUGCGUCGCUGGAACUUCUCACCUCGAAAUGUGUUCGGCAUUGUGAUCCCACACGACUUUGUGGAUCUCAAAAAAAACAAAGCUUGCUACACAGGCUUGGAUUCUACAGCAAAGAAAUGGAUUGAAGAAAAUCCUAUGGAAACUGUCGUUAAGUUGGUCAAGGAUCCAAGGUUCCUGGAUGCUAAGAGCCCCAAUACUGUCAGUUUUACCAUCGUCAAGACUGAUAUCUGGUCUCAGAUGAACCGUGUUCAAUCAGUCCAUAUAAAUCACCGACCUCUUGACACAAUGCUCUCUAAGGUUCUCUCCAAGCGCUCUACUGCUUAUGAGCAGGGCCCCAUGUGGGAUUUUGAACAUGAUUUGUCUUCAGGUACCAAGGCCGUUGAUGAACAUGUCACUGCUGAAAACGUUCAUGCUGACUUGGAUCGAAGCUCUGUAAAAGGAUAUGCUCAGGCGGAUAUGGCUUGGAAGCAGACAUGCAUCAAGGGCAUCUUCACAGGCAAGAUGCGCUGUGCUAACUGGGGUAUCUCAAAUUCGAAAAUCUCAGGCGUAACGGAAAUCAAGCAUCAGACACAGAUCACGGUCAAGAACAAACAGGAAGGAGUCAUGGCUGCUAGCGCUGAUGGCCCACCUCUAUUAACUCUUACCAACAUUAGCAUCACCACUCCUUCAUUUGACUUGAUGGCCCCUAUCCCUCUCCUUGGCUUUAGCGUUCCUGGCGUCUUCGAUAUGGGAGCCAAUGUUGGCCUUGGUGGAACUGUCUCCCUUGCUGUCAUUGUACAGGCUACUGAGGACCUUUUGGUUAACACUGGAAGUAGCACAAGUUGUCCAUGGAUCAUUGACUGGAAUGGCAGUUUCACAAAGAUCCCUACGAUCCAAUUUGGCACCUGCAGUAAACCAGAUACCCCCAAGUCUCUUAACAGACGCUCAAUUGACAAUCGUGCCUCUAUUAACGACGCUUUUUAUUUUGGCUCCGACCCGGCAACCGCAUCCAAGAGCAAUACAAGAUUGAAGCUGGCAGCAACAGAGGGCGGGUCCCGUGAGACAGCUGAAGUCAGAAUUGGCAUGACAGUCUCACCCUCAUUGACUAUGGGCCUCAAGGUCUUUGGUAUUUCUACACUCUCUGCCGGUAUUAAUGCACCCAUCAGGCUAGGAAUCCACACUUACUGGGAUACUGACAGCACUUCUACAUGUCCUGCUGACCAUGUUGCACUCUCUGCUGAAGGUGGAGCCUCUCUAAACCUUGUUGGAGGUUUCUUUGGGUUCAGCAAGUCCAUUCCUGUCGUACAAAGCCCAGCGCUAGAGACGCCUGCUGUCUGUAUCCCUCACUAAAUGAUAAUAAUAAUAAUGACAACCACGAUAAUGGCCACAAUAGCAUAAAUCCUCUCCCCAGUUUGGCACUCAUGCUGUGCAUGAUUUCUAAAGGAAGCUGGACGCAUCAUAUCUACGUGUACAGGAAAAACAUUUUACUUUUCGCCUCAAUCGCAUCAUGCCAC